UAUAGCAUCAAAUUUUAGUUUGCUGCAAAAAAUGGGCGAACGUUAUAAUAUACACAGUCAAUUGGAGCAUCUUCAGAGUAAAUAUAUUGGUACUGGACACGCGGAUACCACAAAGUUUGAGUGGCUUACCAAUCAACAUCGCGACUCACUGGCUAGCUAUAUGGGACAUUAUGAUAUGCUAAAUUACUUUGCCAUCGCUGAGAACGAAUCAAAAGCGCGAGUACGAUUUAAUUUAAUGGAGCGAAUGCUGCAGCCUUGUGGACCGCCUCCAGAAAAACUUGAGGAUUAAGCAAUAAUUAUUAAAACAAAAAUAUUAAAU